UGGAUAAUUUUAGAGACACGGAUUAAAAACUGUUCCAUAUCUGUUAUAUGCGUGCAUCUCACAUAUAACUAUAAGGAAAUCGCAUGGAAGUAUGUACAGUUGCACAGCAUUAAGCUAAUGCAUUUUGUGCGAUACCGGGUCCGUGACUCCAUCAUGGCUGGCAGUGUCGGGACAAUUCAUUUCAACAUUUGGGCCUGAAUAGACUAGGUCUAGCAGUCUGUUCCUGUUUGAGACGACUAGGUGAUUAAACAGAAUUGGGAAGAAUGUCUCUUAUUUGGCAUUUGUGUCCAAGCUGAUAGUUUACAACUGACACCUGCAUCAUGACUCUCAACAACUGAAAAGUCUACCAUCAACACACAGAAAAGAAAUUUUCCUGUCUUCGUUACUGGAAAUAAUUUCUUUGUGGAAGAAGCCAUUAAAACCACAGGUUGCGUGCUAGUUCUGCCUAGCAGCUGAGAGAAUGGCCGCCCCCAAAGAGAUGGUGGAUGGGCGGCCGGCUGAAUACGGCAUCCAGUUGAAGGAUCUGCGUGAUCUGAUGAAGCUGCGUGGUGAUGAAGCCUACGAGUAUAUCCAAACCACAUAUGGAGGUGUGCUAGAGAUUUGCAAGAAAUUAUACACAUCUCCCAAUGAGGGUUUAUCAGGGAACCCAGUGGAUUUGGAACACCGACGGAAAGUGUUCGGAUCUAAUGUUAUACCUCCAAAAGCCCCAAAAACAUUUUUGCAACUUGUAUGGGAAGCAUUACAGGAUGUGACAUUAAUUAUUUUAAUUGUGGCUGCAUUAAUUUCUUUAGGAUUAUCUUUCUAUAAACCACCUAAGGAUCCUGAUGCUGAUUACGAAAGCGGAGAGGGUGAUAAUGUUGAGGAGGCCGCCGGCUGGAUAGAUGGCCUAGCUAUUCUUAUUGCUGUUGCUGUUGUAGUUCUAGUUACUGCUUUUAAUGACUGGAGUAAAGAAAAGCAAUUUCGAGGACUCCAAAACAAAAUAGAAGAUGAACAUAAGUUUUGUACUAUUCGUGCUGGGGAAGUUGAGCAAAUUUCAGUAGGAGAUCUAGUUGUAGGAGACAUCUGUCAGGUAAAAUAUGGUGAUCUUUUACCGGCCGAUGGAAUUGUUAUUCAAAGUAAUGAUCUUAAAGUGGAUGAAAGUUCUUUAACCGGGGAAUCUGAUCAUGUUAAAAAAGGAGAAAUCCGAGACCCUAUGUUAUUAUCAGGUACUCAUGUUAUGGAAGGGAGUGGUAAGAUGUUGGUAACUGCUGUUGGAGUCAACUCUCAAACAGGAAUUAUAUUUGCUCUGUUGAACUCGUGUCAUGAAGAACAGGAAAAGGCUAAGAAAAAGAAGAAAGGAGAUGAAGAAUCACAGCCUGGACCACGACCAAACAAUACUGGACAAACAGAACCAUUGCUCUCUAAUGAUGCUGAUGCUAAAGUGGAUAUUGCACUGAAUCCACACAAUACAAAUGAGAAUUCGCAUGGCAAUGUAACAAAGCAUAUAGCCAACACUGAUGCACCGAAUGGAGAAGACAAGAAGCAGACUGAACAACCUGAAGAGAAGAAAGAACAAAAAAGUAGCAGAAAAGAGAAGUCUGUCUUGCAGAAUAAACUGACUCGUUUAGCUAUUCAAAUAGGCUAUGCAGGUACCGCUAUUGCAGUACUCACUGUCAUAAUUCUGAUUGUGAAGUUUUGUAUAAGGGAGUUUGUGAUGGAGCAGAGAGAGUGGACAUCGAACCGCACUGGUCGCUACCUGGAGCUCUUUGUCAGCUAUUUCAUCAUCGGUGUCACUGUGCUCGUUGUCGCAGUACCUGAAGGGCUUCCACUGGCUGUAACACUAGCUUUGGCAUACUCUGUCAAGAAAAUGAUGCAUGAUAACAACUUGGUUCGACAUCUAGAUGCCUGUGAAACGAUGGGAAAUGCCACUGCUAUUUGUUCUGACAAAACAGGCACUCUUACUACAAACAGAAUGACUGUUGUUCAAAGCUAUGUAGGAGGUGUACAUUACAGAGUUACACCAAAUUUUAGCACCUUGCCACCAAAGUUAGGCCAGAUUCUCCUUCAGUCUAUUGCAAUAAACAGCGGUUAUACUUCAAAAAUAUUGCCACCAGAUGCAGAAGGAGGUUUACCAAAGCAAGUAGGAAAUAAAACAGAAUGUGCUCUCCUUGGAUAUGUCCUAGACCUAGGCCAGUCAUAUGAAGCCAUCCGUGAAGACAUCCCAGAAGACGUGCUCAUCAAAGUGUACACAUUUAAUUCUGUCCGCAAAUCCAUGAGUACAGUCAUCAAACUGGACAACAAUGCUGGUUACAGACUGCUUACGAAAGGAGCAUCUGAAAUUGUGUUGAAAAAGUGUAAUUACAUGUUCCACACGGAUGGAACUAUUAAAGAGUUCACAGCCAAUGAUCAGGAGGAAAUGGUACACAGUGUUAUUGAACCUAUGGCUAGUGAUGGUCUUCGUACAAUCUGCAUAGCGUACAAGGACUUUGUGAAAGGAGAGGCUGAACCUAAUGACGUGCCCAUUAAGUCUGAACCGGACUGGGAAGAUGAAGAUAGCAUUGUACUUGGGUUGACUUAUAUAUGUGUUGUUGGCAUUGAAGACCCUGUUAGGGAUGAGGUGCCAGACGCUAUAAAGAGAUGCCAGCAAGCUGGGAUUACAGUGCGCAUGGUUACUGGAGAUAAUGUAAACACAGCUCGGUCCAUUGCCUCAAAGUGUGGUAUAAUCCCACCUGGCACAGACUUCCUCGUCCUGGAAGGCAAGGAGUUCAACCGGAGAAUACGGGACCCAUCUACAGGAGAAGUAGUGACUGAGCUUUUUGAUCAAGUCUGGCCCAAGCUUCGUGUUCUGGCUAGAUCAUCACCUGAAGAUAAGUAUAUACUUGUUAAGGGUAUCAUUGACAGCAAAAUAUCUGCAAACAGGGAGGUCGUUGCUGUCACUGGAGAUGGAACAAAUGAUGGACCUGCCUUAAAAAAAGCAGAUGUUGGCUUUGCCAUGGGACUCUCAGGGACAGAUGUAGCCAAAGAGGCAUCGGACAUCAUUCUGACAGAUGAUAACUUCACAAGCAUUGUCAAGGCUGUCAUGUGGGGGCGGAAUGUCUAUGACAGCAUUGCCAAGUUUCUCCAGUUUCAGCUCACUGUCAAUGUCGUUGCUGUUCUUGUUGCAUUUUUUGGUGCCUGUACAAUUAAUAACAGUCCACUUCGAGCUAUACAGAUGUUGUGGGUAAAUUUAAUCAUGGAUACAUUAGCAUCCUUGGCAUUGGCAACAGAACUUCCAAGUGAAGAACUACUAGAGCGAAAGCCCUAUGGCCGAACAAAGCCUUUGAUCUCAACAUCUAUGACAAAGAAUAUCUUGGGACACUCGAUUUACCAGCUUGCAAUCAUAUUUACCUUACUGUUUGCAGGAGGAAAUUUAUUUCAGAUAGAUGAUGGUAUUAACAGUGAACAAAUCCAUGCUCCGCCAACACAGCAUUUUACCAUCAUCUUUAACACAUUUGUAUUGAUGACACUUUUUAAUGAGUUGAAUGCACGGAAAAUUCAUGGUCAAAGAAAUAUUGUUUCUGGAUUGGCAAGAAACCCAGUGUUUGUAGGAAUUUGGAUAGGUACUAUGGUAGCACAGGUUUUGAUUGUGGAGUUCGGUGGUUUGGCGUUCCACACAAAGGGACUCACAUUGGAACAGUGGAUGUGGUGCCUAGUUUUUGGAAUUGGUGCACUCCUAUGGGGUCAGGUUGUUAUAUCAAUACCAUCUCACAAGCUACCUAAAAUUACUUUUCCUUGCUUCAACAAAGAAACCGAAAGCGCAGAAGAAGAUGAAAUAGAUGGGCUUGACAGUGGACAGGAUCAAGUUGGUGGGCGUGGUCAAAUUCUGUGGGUCCGUGGCCUGACAAGGCUCCAGCAACAGAUACGUGUUGUAAAUGCUUUCCAAAUGGACUUAGAUUCGCACAUGGACAGUUAUGACAAACGUAGCAGACCGUCGGUUAUUAGCCUUCAGUCUCUUCAGCAAGCACAAAGGUGUGGGGUCUCCAAGAAACCAACUCUUGCGAGCUCCCCAGAGGCGGACGAGCAGUCUGCGUCCUCACCGUGGUUUGGACGAAGUGAAAGUAUACCCUAUGCUGAUGAAUGAACUCAACUUUCCAUUUUGUGAUUUAACCUUUCUAGUUUUAACACCCUGCUAUGGCAUGCAUUCUUAAAUUGACCUAACUUAAAUUUUUUUGGUCAUAUUUAGUUUCCCUCAUGUUAUUGUUGUUGAACAACACAGCUCACUUUGUAUGUUGGCUUUCUAUCAGAUCUUAGAAUUGAAAAUUAAACUGCUGAAUGAUUCUGUCAUUUUUCUCUAGAAUAAGUUACUGUUGCCGUAGUGAAUACAUAGUGACUGCUAGAAUACAGUAUUUUUUAGGAUGUUUAGUCUUAGAUUAUGAAUUCUUAAUACAUUUUUUGCAUCUUUUUAAUAACUCAACAAUGUUUUGACAUUGGAAUAUAUGAGGUUGCCACGGUUCACUCCCCAUUUCAUGUUUUUAUUUCUGUUAAAAAGUAUAUUAAUUGAUAUAAUUUUCUUUAUGACCAUUAAGUACAGGUAGUAUUUGCACUAAUAAUGCAUAAUGACAGUAAUUUUAGUUGACCUAAAUAGUUACAGCUUAUACACUUGUGGUGUUGGUAUGUUUGUGAUGGUGGCACUCCAGAUGUAUAAUGUUGCACAUGCAUUUUACUAGAUUGGUAUUUAUUUAUUUAUUUAAUAAUAAAUUAUUAUUUAUUUAUUCAUUCAUUAUUUGAGGGCACUCGACAGCGUCGUACACAUUAAUUACAUUCAUAUUUUUCAUUGCUUGAACCGAAUACAAGACUAUACAGUUACAUGAUUAUAUACAUAAUUAUAUAUAAAAAAAAUUUAAAAUAGAUUUUAGAUACAGCUCAGAAAUUUGUCCUUACCAGUUGAACAGAUAGUGAAAACUUGUCAUGGCCUUAUCCUCAUCUAUCCAACAGAUACAUGUAGUACAAAACCAGCCAUAAUAGAUCAGUGUCUAACAGUAAUACAACCAGGGCCAAUGUUUAUAAGACUUGUAGAGAGUAGACUGAAAUGUGUAAUGACAUCACAGGCAUGCAGGGUGUUGUCAUGACGUUCAAGUCUCUCACACUGGUGUAAUGACAUCACAGACAUGCACAGUGUUGUCAUGAUGUUGUCUCUCACACUGGUGUAAUGACAUCACAGGCAUGCAUGGUGUUGUCAUGACGUUCAAGUCUCUCACACUCUUAUAGUCAGGAGUACACUCUAAAGCUUUUUUAAUCGAAGGGCCAACAUUUAGUUAAGUCUUCAAGUGGUGCAGUUCACAAAAAAUAAAACAGAUAAAUGCUAAUAACAAAAAAUUCUGUGUUGUCAAUCUUUACUAAGUUUGGUGAUAAGGACAAAAUAUCAUAAGCUUUGAUCAAUCAUACUUUUGAUGGCGGUUAUAUUUGAAAUUGUGUCUCUUAGUUUGUUAAUUUUGUGUAAUUUGUUACAAAAUACAAUUUAACGUAUAAAAUAUUAAAAGUGUAAGUUAAUAUGAAUGUAUGCAUACAUGUGUGUGUUGUGUGCGUGCGUGCGUGUGUGUGUGUGUAUGACACUUAAUUUUUUUAUUGGAAACUAGGAAAAUGCAUGUGUAUAAAUAUUAAUGUUAGUGUGCCAUUGUUGCAAACAUACUGAUAGCAAACACAAGUAUUUUUUUUUUAAAGAUAUAUACCAGCAGUGUAUACCGGUAUAUUGUUGUUUGUUACAUUUUUUAAAUGGUAUAUGUAUCUACAUACAGCAGUAUACUAUAGUUAAAAAGGAAAAAAAACCUCUGUGUGUUCACACAUAAAAUACAUUGUGUUUAUUACUGAUUGUUACAUGUUUAAUGAUAUACAAAUCUACAUAAGGCCCGUUGUUUUAUAACCAUAUAUUAUAAAUUGCAGAAUUUUAUCAGGACAUAUUUAUAUUCUUUGAUUCACAUUUUAUAAUCAUAAUUAAAUAAAAAACAUUUUAAUAUAUUAAAAUGUUUGGCAUGAAGAAUGAGUUGGGCCUGUUACAUUAAGUGUUGGGCAUUGAAAGUUCCUGAUUAUACAAUGGAUUAGAAAUUGAUGAACCUACGAUGAAUUUGAAUGAUUAAUACCAUGUACCUAUUAUCUUGUUCACCAGGAUAGACCCUACAAAUCAUAAAUUUUAACUUAAAACAAUUGUCUUUAUGUACCCAUGAAAACCAACACAAACCCCAGCAUAUUUAUAGCAAUGCCUUCUUCUAAACUGUUGGAACAAUUACAUUUUCUCUUACAAUUGAUUAUUAUGUGGUUUUUAUACUUAAUCAUCGCAUCUGAAGACCCAGCCAAUUGCUUUCCAAUUAUCAUUGAUCACUGGAACAUCAACUGGACUAAAAAUAAUUUUUGAAUUGCUGUGGUCCAGUUUGCUGAACGUACAUUACUAAAAUCCAUUGGUGACAAUAGUGAAAAUUUGAGAUUACUACUGGUUUGAAGGAUUUGAAAGUUUCAAGUAAUGAAGACGUGAUGAAUGGGUGGGUUGAAUUUGAGCAAAGUAUUACUGUUAGAUAAAGUAGUUUAUGUGCAUGUUUAUAUUUAUGGCAAGAUGUUAACUGAUGGAUAAGUACAAACUAUAGUAUCUUAGCUUAGUGUGUAGAUAUGCUUUUGCAUUACUCUUGAACCACUAGUGUUGUUAAUGUGAGUGAGAAGUGUUGGUAGACCACAGGGACUUGGUUUCACGUAGUGGGAUGGAUGGUCAUCUGUUUACCUUUGCUUACCUGUGUACACCAUCUGCAAGUGCAGAACUUGUCAAUCACAUGCAUGUGCAGCACACCACUGACUCUUUCUUUGUGUUCCUUCCAAGGUCAUUCCAUGAUAUGCUUGUGGCUUACUGUGGUCUCUGUUGCUAGCUAGACUGUCUUAUUUUCUUAUACUAACAGAUCAUGAGAGCUUCUUGCCCAGCUUCCUUACCUAAUAGGACUGUUCUUCAGCUUAUACUAACAAAUAUUUAGUUGCCUUCUUUCAUUGCAGUGUUUAUCUUACAAAUGUCAAUUGAAUAAGGAAGAGGUUUGUUUUCUGGGACCUGGUGUACCAUACGUAGGUAGAGCAUAUUACACAAAAGUGUAGUGGGAAUGAACUUUGUUGGUUGUACAGGAUGAUCCAGAACAACAGUUCUGGGCUGGAUGUCAUAUCUUGUUUCACUUUUAUAAUCGAUCUGCAAUACAUACUAAUACUACAAGUCUUAAAAUGCUCAGUUGAAUUUUCAGUGUGAUGUACAAGAUUACUGGAAUGGCUGCACUGUAGGAGUCAUCACAAUAAAUAAAACCAAUUAUGUAAUUGAAUAAAAAUUGUAUUCAAUAAUUACUAUAAUAAUAGUAACCAAAUGUUUUGUGUUGCUUGUAACUGACAAAAAUGUAAAUGCUAAAUAAACUGUUCCAUAUUACAAUGAUAUUGCUAAACUAAAAUUUGCACAGAAUAAGUCAGGUAUAUGGUGAUCCUUUUUUAGAUGGCACUAAUAAAUGUCUUGGAUUACAAAAUCGGUUUUUACUUGUGAAAAUGAUCAAAUGUUAAAGGUAACAAAUCAUGGCCAAUGGCACAUGAAAGUGGCAUUUUGAAAUACAGUGUUAGCUACUUCAGUGCUGAUGUGCAGAGAUACCAUAACACUUCCACUUGUUGAUUACAUAAAUAUGGCUGAAUGUGAACAAUCACUAUAUGUUUGAAUUGUUGUGUGCAAAUUUAACAGUGAGAUUUUCUUGUCUACAGUGUAGGCAAGUGUUAGUUUCUUAUUACUUUAUUAUAUUCGAAGCUGUGCACUUUGUUGUAAAAACACUUUAAUAUGGUGCAUUUAAAUUUCAGCCUUAAUGCUUCCUUACCAGGCUACUUUGUAUAGAUAGUUUAUAAUUUAUUAUUUGAAUGUAUAGUGGUAAGGAAUGUUAUUUUCUUUCCUUUUUAAAAUAACAUAAUAUGCAUGAAUGCUCCGAAGUCUUGCUGCAUACUGUAAAUAUAUAACCAUGUAGAUAUUAUUUUACCUGUUACUGAGAUUUUUUUUUGAUUUUUUUUUUUUUUUUAAAUCGGUUUUUGUUUUUAUUUGCAAGAUACAGACCUGCUGAAGUUGCAGUUGCAGAUGCAGGGUAAUUGUCAACUUUGGCCCCACAAUAUUUUCAACCAUGUAUACUGUGGGGCAACCAUCCUGUUUAAAUAAAUAAAAAAAGCAGUGUGUUGUAGUAUUGUUAUAAUAAACUUUUUGUACAAUU